AAUUUUAAUUCUGCCAUGGUGAAAAAAACCUGGAUUUUCCUGAAAUGUUUCAUUCCUUCUUCUUGGCUCCUUUUCUGAUUUUACUUGUUUUCUCCUGUGCCACUUGCCGUGUAGAAGCUUACUGCGAAAGCAGAAAGCAGUACUGAGCAACACUCAGUAACUUCUUUUUCUAGGAAGCUGCACUAGUAUCUUCUGCUGACCAUAACUUAUCCUUUACAUAAAGUUCUUGCUGUAGCCACUAUAGCAAUUUUAUUCACCAGAAUCCGUAUCAGUAUAAAAAAAAAAAAAAAAAAAAUCCAUAUUACAUCUAUAUGUCUUAUUAAUAAGAUCUUAGUCUCAGUUCUCUAAGCCCUUGAUUUUUAUUUGACAGAAAAAAUUUCUUUCAGUUCGUUUCUUUUUUUAUUCCAGUGGAGCAAUUUUGGUAUUUAUGUUGCUUAUCCCUUUUGAGUAACAUUAUAUCCACCUUGUAUAAGUAUAUUAUAUGGUGUAUUGAAAAUGUAGGGUCCAUGAAUCUUCACAUUCUCGUUCUGCUACAGAUAGAGCAGCAAUGGCACCAUUAAGAUCUGGAGAUCAGGAAAUAGAUAUUGAAUUAUUGAAGACAGGAGAAAAAAUUGCAUCAGGAUCUCGUGGACCUUCGUAUCAUAGUUUCUACUGUGAUCAAGAUGUUGCUGUCAAAAUUCUUAGAUUUGAGCAUUUGAAUGAUGCUCUACAGGUUGCGUUCACUCAAGAGCUUACUCUGCCAUUCACUAAGAUGACCCUAGUGAUGUUGGAUGCCAACUCCCAUGCGUAUAUUCUAGUUUUGGGAUAAAUUGUAUUCAUUUUAGUUCACUAAGAGUAAAACAAUUGUAGACUCAGUUUCGUGGCUUCUAAGAUCUUCUGUACUUUGACAUUGCUGCUGCUAGGAUGUUUAUCUAUCAGUUAUUUUAUUUAUUUAUUGAUUUAAGAAUCCAGUCAAAAUUUUGAAUUCUCUCACUGAUGAAUAAAACAAUGAAAGGAUUCGUUUACUUGUAAGCCAUCCCUUCCUUUUCUUUCCCUGUUGAACCAUUUACCUAUUGGAUAAUAGUUGGCCAGCAGAGGCACAGACUGACAGACAAGUUUCUCAGGUGAUGGAUGAAUGGGCUAAUUUAAGUGUUAAAUAAGGAGGAUCCUUAGCUUUAUUACCUUAAUCCAGCCUAUGAAUAAAAAUAUGAAUUCUACAAUUUUAUGCUACAAGAAUUUUCUAUCAAUCUCCUACGUCUUGAAUUAAUCUCCCCAUUUGUUUGCAUUUUUUCAGUUCAUUUUCACAGAGAAAUUUACUGUAUUGCUCCCUUCUUUUGCAUAAGUACAGAGCAGUUGAGCAUCCGAAUGUUGUUCGUUUUAUUGGUGCCUGUACAGAGUCUACACAUUUGUGUAUGGUGACAGAGUAUGCCUGGCGGAAGUUUAUAUGAUUAUCUGCUUGAGAAUCAUAAAGUUUCGAAGCUCUAUGAACUGCUGAAGUUUGCUCUUGAUGUUGUAAAGGAGUGGAGUAUUUAUACUUUCUGGAGCCACUGAGAAGAAAUUUGGCAGGAAAUUGAUGCAGAGGGAGAAGAAAGCACACCAUAGGCACAGUAAUUCCAUGGAUGGGUCUAGUCUGCCUCCUUUGACAUGGAUUCUGUUAUGGCUGUGGAUGGUGUUAAGAAGGCUAUGACUCCAGAUAGGCCAAUAUUGAUUCGACAGAUAACAUGUUGUUACACUUUGAUCCAAUGUAAAAAACAAGUGAAAGAGCA